CACCAACCAGUGUGAUUUAAUCUAUUCAUUUGGGAAUUAACUGGAGGAGGAUAAUCCUUUACACGAUGGUGUAUGCUGUCAUUCUAGCAUUAGUUUAUAAUGGGAUCAGUGUAUCUACGACUAAUGUAGCAUCCCUCUUGACCGCCAAUAACUCUGAAAACAAAACCAUCGCAGUAUCCCAAAACAGUUUACAGCCCUCGAUUCAACAAGAAAUGAAUAACUUGAAACAGCAGCUGAACCAGGAGGCGCUCAUUAGAUUGUCGCUUACCAAACAAUUGUAUUCUGUCCUUAAUGACGUUAUUGAAAUGAAAAAAGGAAUGGGACAGAUGGAAUCUAAGAUACGCGAACUAGAGAUCUUUAAGAACUCAACCUUAGGCGAUGAUGUUGUAGCAAAACAGUUAGUAAACUUACAGAAAGAUCUUGUGAAUUUGACGUCAACGUGUACAACUGCAAGUCAAGGAAAAGAAGCAAUUGCUUUCAAUGCAGUCAUUUCAAAGACGCUCCUUUAUGAUAGAAAUACCCCUGUGAACAUUGUCUACGAUACUGUAUUGUACGAUACUCACGGUGCCUACAGCUCUCAAAGCGGAGUCUUUACAGCACCCCACAAAGGUCUUUACAUAUUUACUUGGACAACUUUGGUCGCAGCUGGUAAAAUUCUAGAUACAGAACUUAUCGUGAACGGAACACGAAAAGGUCUUGGCAAUUGUAACAACGAAGGGAACCCUGGGUUUGAAAACUGUGCAAAUACAGUUCCUGUUGUGUUGGAAGCUGGGGAUACCGUCAAUGUCCGAUCUGUGACUGGGAACUACGUAUAUGGAAGUGAAUGGUCAAGUUUCAAAGGCUGGAGAAACUAAUGGUUGUAACAGUGAUAUAUUGUAUUUCCAUUAAAGGCCCUUUAUUGUUUAUAAUUAUUUAAUCUAUUUAAGUCAGGUAUCGUUUAACCAAUAUAGAGUAACAAAAAACUAAUUUUAUUGUAAAUAAAAACAUUUUUGGGAACAAAUUUUGAAAUUCAUAGGAUGAAUGUGUCAACUGUAUCUCUGUUUGUAAAUCAAGCUGGCAUUAGAAGUGUAUAAUAAGCAGAUGUACGCAUGCAGGGGGUAUAUCCAUUAACACCCCAUGGUCAAGUUACCCAGGUUGUUUGAUAGUCUGUAAUUUGCAUUUGCGCACGACAGGGUCACCGAGUGUUAGGUUCUAUCCCUGAUGAACACUUUAUUUGUGAGGUGGUGGUUUUUAACCACACCUUUGCAAAACUAAUGUCAUUUAUUCAAUGAUUUUUUCAUUAUUUACUCUGUUGUUUUCAUUUUUAAACAAUACAUAUGUAAUUCAUUGAAUAGACGACCUUUAAUGCAAUAACUUGUUCAAUUUUCUCUGCAAAUAAACUUGGACUCAUUGGAUUAUGAUAAUGUACAAGUUUUUCUGGUGUAUGGUGGAUUUCCUUCGCUGGAAAAAUUUGGUUGUCAAAAAGUUAGUUUUUGAAAAUAUUUGCGGAACAUUUCAAAAUGCGAAUAUCAACGAGUAUACUUAUUCAAAUACCAUGCAGUUGUAAGAAUUGUUACAGGCAAACUCUGUAAAUCAUUUGUAUUUUUCUAUAAAGUAAAGAAAUCAGUGCGUAGCUACGUUGUAAAAGAAAUUUUAUAUAACCGACUGAUGUUGAUUAAAACAAAUAUACGAUGGUUUUGCAAAUAAACAUAUAUUAUAAUUUCGCAUAAUUAUAUUAUAUUAUAGUCAUAAUUUUGAAACUUCUAAUAACCUAUUAAGAUAUUGAAGAAAACUUUUUAUCAUGCUAAAUAAACAGACACUUGAUCAAUUUAAACGGUUCGCUUUAAUGCUGGCAUACCGGUAUUUUACAAGAAAUUGCCAUUCAAUAUCACUGUAAAGAAACACUUCAUCUGAACUGGUGAAAAAAAUAAAUCAUUAAACCAAAUAAGUAAUCUUUAAAAAGACCUAUGGUCUUGAUCAAAUGCUAACUUAAGUUAAAUAUAACAAUAUAAUCAUAUAAAGUGUAUGUUGAUGGAUUUUUUUUAGUUAGAGAAUAUGAAGUUAUAUUUUUGUACCGAUUAUUAGUUGAUCGGUUACUUUAGAUAAAGUAUCAUAUAUGUAAAAUUGACAUGUACACAGACAUUAUAGAUUUGAAAAUAUGCUUGGAUCAAAACUUGGUUGUGAGAAUGAACUUUUGUUUGUGAUUUUGUUUUACAGAUAAUGCAUUUUCUAGGGUGCAUCUUAAAUGUAUUGCUAUCUACGUAAACAACCAAGCAAGUCAAACCAUACACGACAUUGGUAUCAAAUAAAGCAAUGAUGGAUUUUGACGUAUUAGUAAAUAAAAAGAGAAAUCCUAAGAUAAUGAAUCUG